AUGCUUGUGAAUCUGGAAGUCGGUUCGGUUCUGUUGGCACUUCUUGUAGUUGCAACCUGGAUACAGCGACGACGCCGAGCAGAAAAGUCAGCAUCAUCACUAGCACCGCCCAUUCACUUGGAUUCCAAGCAAGGUACUACGCGAAUAACACCAUUGGAGCAUUUCAAUGUCGACGCAACAGAACCGCAUCCUUACCGGCCAUGGAGUUCAGGUAAAUUCGCCAUGACCAUGGGCAUCCAAAAGGUGCCGUCCGAAGAAUGGCUCACGCUCGAUCGGCGCUACGUCCCUGAACAAGCACUCCGGCGAGAGCUACUGGCUAGGCAUCAUGACGGGGUAAUGCAAAUCUUACCAGGCUCGGAAUCAGCAUGCGAGGAAGUCCUCUCGAUGGUGGUGUCGUAUCUGACGCAGCGUUAUCCGCACCUCUUCUACCAUCCCUCGGGGCAGCUGGAUCAUAUCUACAACAAACUGACCGAGCAGACGUUCAAGAUUGUGGCUCCGUACGAUGUGCCACCGUUGGAAAUCGCUGCCCAGCUGGCUAUGGAGGAUAUCAAUAUUCUGUACCCGGGGUUUGGCGAGGAUCCGGAGCAACAUUAUCUGGCAGCAAGCUACAGCAUGGCCCCGGCAGGCUGGGAUCUACGAGAGCGUAUAGGAUGGCCGCUGUGGAAAAUCCACAGUCCAGUUCCCAUGUGGCAGGAAAAGCUGCAGAGGUCGGUAGAGAAGUAUUUCCACAAAAUGAAAGCAGACGACCUUAUUGCACGCCACAAUUACUUCGUGCAAACCGACGACAUUCUCUUCCAGCAAGUGCCCUUUGCCGAGAGACUCCCCGAGCCGCCCAAGAUUGAGGACAUUCGAAUCCGACACGAGCGACAAACGUUGCGUCGCCUGCCACGCACUGGGGCGAUACUAUUCUUGGUGCGCACUUAUAUCAUGCCUCUGACGGACUUGCGCGAUGAUCCGGACAGCCUACGGGCGUUUCUGUCAUCGGUGCGUGCCAUGCCGCCUAAUAUGGCGAAAUACAAGGGUCGACCGGUCUGGGGGGAGACCGUGGAGCGAUGGUGUGCGGAGAUUCUGGAAGAGCCAAUUUCCUAG